UUUCAUGUCGGGAAAUACACACAAAAGUAAGAAAAGAUAAGAUUUAAAAGCUAUACAGUUUACGUGAUAAAUUCGAAGGGACAUUGUAAAACAAAUAAUUUAACAAAUUGGUAAUAUUAUAGUAAAAAGUUAAAUUUGCAGUCAACUUAUAAAAUCGUCUGAUUUCCUAACGUUAUUUAAAAUUAUGUGUUCAGAAGAUGUUAAACCAAUGGAAAUUGGUUGGCGUAAAGAAGUGCUUGAACAGGAAACAGACAAUAAUGCUAUAGAGAAUAAUGCACAAAAUAGGAAGGUUAACGAAAAAAAUUGUUUGUCCUCUGAAAAUAAUGAAAAAAAGUCGUCAUCGCCAGCCUCAUCAUCAUUCGAUCGCAGAAGUAGCAGUAGUUCGUCAUCUUCCAGCUCCUCCUCUGAAGAUGAAAGAAAAAAGCGUAAAAAAGAAAAACAUAUAAAACGUCGAGAAGAAAAGAAAAAAAAGAAAGAGGAAAAACGCAAGAGAAAAGCAGAAAGGAAGGAGCUAAAACGUCUUAGAAAAGACAAACAUAGAGAAGAAAAAAAAUUGAAAAAGAUCGCAAAAAGGGAUAAAAAAAAUAAGGACAACGUUGAUGCUUCACAAAAUUUAAAUGAUAAUUUUGAAGUACCAAUUGAAUUAAUGAAUUAUAAAGCUAAAGCACCAGAGACUCCAGAAGAAUAUAAGGCUCGGCAAAGUCAAAUAAAACGGGUAGUCGAUCCAGAGACGGGACGUACAAGAUUAAUAAAAGGAGAUGGCGAAAUUUUGGAAGAAAUUGUUAGUCGUGACCGUCAUAAGGAAAUUAAUCGGCAAGCAACUAUGGGCGAUGGGCAAUAUUUUCAAUCAAAAACUGUUGGAUGGAAAAACUGAUUUUCAUACAAAUACAAGAUUCAAUUUUGUUUUAAAUAACUAUUAUUUUAAUUUAAAUUUUAUUAAGCAAUCAAAAUAUAUUCAAUUAUUUAUAUAUUAAUGUAAAUAAUAUAAUAUCGAUAAAGGUUAAGACUAUUCAACUACUUAAAUAAUUAUCACGAUUUUUCUUUUAAUAUUAUUAUAACUAAACAAUGUAAUUAUUUUAAAAUUAAUAAAAUAAGAGUUUUUAACAUUGAAAAUUCA